CACACACACACACACACGUCCACGGCACUCAGGACAACUUUUCACCCAACUUGUUCACACAUGGAACCAGCAGAAGCUGUCAAGUAAGGGAUGGAGGGGGAGCCGGCUGAUGCUUCUCUUGACCUGAGCCACCUGACGGACCAGGAGCAGUCACUUGUCCUGCAGGUCUUACAACGGGACGUGGAGCUGCGUCAUCGCGAUGAAGGACGAGUAAGGAUCCUCCAGCAGACAGAGACCGACCCGACACUUCUGCGCACACAGUCGGGGGCAUGGUUCAGCGAGGAGUGCAGCAGGCGCCAUCGCAACCGGACGUCUGUCGGCGAUCUCGUGCACGCCACUGUACGCCACAAGAAGACUAAGAGCAAAGAUGUGCCCCUGAGCGGACUGUUUAAUGGAGAUGCGACAACACGACUCAACGACGCCUCUCCUGAUGCAGAGAGAAGACUGCAGGACAACAAGGACGAGCAUGGAGAGUUGGUGAUGACAGAGAAACAUCCUCAUCUUCAAUCCCAGGGUCUCAAGCAUAGAAAUAGUUCCUUGUCAUCUAAAGACAGCGAAAGGAGAAGUGCAGACCUCUCAGAGGAACCAGAGGAUGACUUUGACUGCCACAACGGGGACACAGACUCUCUGAGCAGCAAUCUGACAGAGCCAGCCUCUCUGAGAACUAGCAGCUCCACCAGCAGCCUUCAAUCAGGCUAUACUCUCAGUGGGAGCAUGAUGAGUCUGUUCAGCUCUGGAGAUUUCGGGAUGGUGGAGGUGAGGGGCCGUAUCCAGUUCUCAUUGGUUUACGAGACGAAGAAGGAGGAGCUGCAUGUGAAAGUUUUCCGCUGCGAGGACAUCGCUUCAGGGCGCAACAACCGCUCUGACCCAUAUGUUAAAACCUAUCUGUUGCCGGACAAGUCGAGUCACAGUAAGAAGAAAACUUCAGUGAAGAAGAAGACACUCAACCCGGUCUAUGAUCAGACACUCCGAUAUAAAGUGAGGAUUGGGGAGCUGCGGAGUCGGACCCUGAACCUGUCGGUGUGGCACGCCGAGGCCCUCGGGAGGAACGUGUUCCUGGGUGAGGUGGAGGUGGCUCUGGAUCUCUGGGACUGGACCUGCACACAGCCACUGUGGCAGGACCUGCAGCCACGAGUUAAUUUGAAUCUAGACUCCAUCAGCAGCCGUGGGACCAUCAUGCUCUCUAUUAAGUUCAUCCCAGACAAAUCUGAGGGUAAUGGUCUCCCCCUGACAGGAGAACUUUACAUCUGGAUCCGGGAGGCUCAAGGCCUCCUGACCAACAAAGGAAGCGGUAUAGACUCAUACGUUAGAAGCUACAUACUCCCGGAUGCAAGCAGACAAAGUGGUCAGAAGACGCGUGUGGUGAAGAACUCCAUCAGCCCCACUUACAACCACACCAUGGUGUACGAUGGCUUCCACUCCAGCGACCUGAGAGAGGCCUGCGCCGAGCUGAUGGUCUGGCAGCGCGAAGGGUUAAAGAGGAGCGUCUUGGGAGGGAUUCGUCUGAGCUGUGGAAACGGUCAGAGUUAUGGCGAGGACGUCAGCUGGAUGGACUCCACUGAACAGGAGGUCACCGUGUGGACGUCCAUGAUUGAAAACCCAAACCACUGGAUCGACGCCAUGCUACCGAUCAGGACUAACCUAGCGCACCGGUCUGAGUGACUAAGUGACGCACACUGACGCACAAAACACACACUGACAGGCAAAAAACGGUCGGUCUGAAAGAACUCUCAGCACAAAAGCACAUUUAACCUCUUUGUCACAAUGAUACACACAUACACUUGGUUAUUUCGACACACACAUGGAGACAGUAGCGGUGCAAUAUUGUGAAUUAAUGGGGUAGAUCAGAAAUACCCAAACUGUCCUCGUUUCAAAUGUCUUAUUUGUAUAUUUUUUCCCUAUUUGACAAAAGGGCAUUUGUAAUAGUGUUCUGAUUUACUUACUUAUAUUAUAUUAAGGUGAAAUAAGUUUAGAAAAAUGUUUAAUGUUUAGAAUUCAAUUACCACAGGCUAAUUUACUGUUAUUGUUUGAUAUUUAUUUCUAGUCUUAUCUCAACAAUUUCAAUCACUCUUGAAUACAUGUGUGUCAAAUGGCACUAAUAGCACUAAUCCCCGAUCUCUUUCAACCUGAGGAACUGUGAGGAUUCAUAUGUUUAGGUGUCAUCACUAUUACUGGAUGUGAUGGAAAAAUCGAUUCGCUUUUACUUUUAAUGGAGUCGCUGACUACCACCUUGUGGUCAGACCCUGUAGGUAUUCUCUGUAAUUCAUUAAGCAAAUAAGAGAGAGAGAAAAAGGUCAAGAACACAAAAAUAUGUUAUUUGGCCAUUCGUUGUUUCCAUCUUCCACUUCACUCAUCAAAAGAAAGCAGAGGUUCAUUAGUGCACCAUUUAUUUUAAGAGCCAGAACUCCUGUCCAGCAGAGGGUGUCAAUUGGUUUCUAAAUAAAGUCUUACUAAAUGUG